GUUUUAUGCCACUUCUUUUUCUGUCUCUUUUUGUCCACCAAACUUUUGACGUUGUGCGUGAAUGCACAUAGAUUUUACACACUGACUGUGAACAAUCAACAAACAUCUUUUGCAACAUCGCGGGAUGAUUCACCCUUCUUGAAGAAGUUUAAUAAUCCUCUCGUGUUGGAGCCGUGAUUCGUGUCAAUCCACCUGCCGCAACAGCUCUCCAAGGCUCCAAAUGUGUCUCCCAUCCAGAGCUUGUUUACUCGCUCAGACUCCAGCACUGACUGGCCUGCAUGGAAUGAUGCAAUUAAGGUUCCCGCCGAGGCGCAAUCUGUCAUUAGACGGCGUGCUGAGACUCCGCCCACAGAGAGCAGAGAGAGCGACAGCGACUUGGCAGGAAGUUGGAGAUGGAGCGCUUGGACCCCCCUGGUGUCUCCUUGGGGGUCAAACAUUCAGAGUCUUGGUGGGAUGACUCAUCUACUUUGCUCAGGUGAGCUCACCUGCAACAGCCUACAAUUACACCGUGACACCCCCCAACCUCCUGACGGAUGACGCCUGCAGACUUGACGUGUCGGCUCUCAAGCUUCUUUCUACUCCAGAAGAAAAUGAGCGGCUUCAGGCGGCGAGUCUUGGCGGCGAUGCUGCAGCUCGUUACCAUCUCACUGGCUCGUCAUCCGCUGAGUGAGGCUGACGACCACGUGGCAGCGCCACCUCCUUUGGGUGGAGCCCAGCCGGGGCUGUGCGGCUACGGGCACACCGCUUCUUGUUGUCCGGGAUGGAGGAAUGUGAGCGGACUUUGUCAGCCACUUUGCAGGCAGUCUUGUGUGAAAGGACAAUGUGUGGGACCUGACAGGUGUUUAUGCCACGCGGGCUACCAAGGGCCACGUUGUGACCAAGAUGCGAACGAGUGCGGUUUGUCGGCGCGACCGUGCUCCCAGCGCUGCAUGAACACGCACGGUAGCUAUCGCUGUUUCUGUGAGCCUGGACACGCGCUGGGUGUGGACGGACACGACUGCACCGGACACGUCACAUGUGCCUCCCUGCGAUGCCAGUUUGGUUGCCACAUGGAUGGACGACGAGGAAUGGUGCACUGCCUUUGUCCCCCCGGUCUCCACCUGGCCCCGGACAACAGAACCUGUGAAGACGUGGACGAGUGCCGGCGUCACGCCAGCGUGUGCCCACCUCGCUGGACGUGCAGGAACACAUUCGGCAGCUUUGUGUGCGUGUGCCGGGACGGCUCGGUGAUGGGCACGCUGCAGGGCUCGGUGCAAUGCAGAGACAAGGACGAGUGCGUGACGGGUGCCCACGGGUGCAGCCGCCACGCUCGCUGCAUCAACACAGAUGGUUCGUACACCUGUCAGUGUCUGAAGGCCUACGCGGGCAACGGCCGCACCUGCUGGGCCAGGAGAGCCGCCCAGUCCCCUAAGCCGGCAAAGUACUUCAAUUACAAACUAUCCAAAAGAACGGGGACUAGGAGACCCUCUAGACCAGAGGUGGGCAAUUCAUUUUUACCGGGGGCCGCAUGAGCAACCCGAGCACUGCUGGAGGGCCACACCGACAAUAUUUCAAUUCAAUUUUGCUCAAAUUAUUUUUGAUAUA